AUGGCUACUGGCUCUGCGGCUUCCAACAGAUCUGUUGCGGUUUCCGAACGGACUGUUUCCGAUGCUGCUGCCGCCUCUUCAGUGUCCGUUGCUACGAAUUCCCUGUCUACGGUGCACCAGUUUGUUAGCAUUAAAUUGGCUUCUCGUAAAUUUUUGUUUUGGAGAACGCAACUAGUACCAUUUCUGCGAGGACAAAACUUGAUGGGUUUUGUUGAUGGUAGCUUGCCAUGUCCAUCGUCCAGUCUUCCUACUGCUUCUUUAGAUGCUACGUCGUCGACGGUGUUCUUACAGAAUCUGGCAUUUGCUUCAUGGGUGCAACAAGAUCAAGCCAUAAUGUCGAUGUUGAUCUCUUCCUUUUCCAAAGAGGUGAUGCACCUGGCAGUUGGUUGUCGAACAUCUAAGGAGAUAUAUGGGAUUUUGUUGAACAAGCUAUUAGGACUAGUAUUAGGACUCUUUGUAUUUGAGUCAUAUUAUACAGUUCUCAUCCAAGCGUUGGCUUCUUACUCUAGAGCUCGAGCACUGAACCUUCUUGGCCAGCUUCAGUCACUCCGGCAAGGUGAUGCAUCAGUAACGGAUUACUUGAGGCGUGCCCAAGUUAUUUUGGAAGACCUAGCCCUUGCUGACCAGCCGGUCUCCAUUGAUAAGCAAAACUUGUACCUUUUUCGUGGUCUACGGCAAGAAUUCAGAUCUCUCACGGCAUCGCUCUCGGUUCGUGGUUCACUGGUGAUGCUCCAGGAACUCGUCGACUUUUGCGGGGAAUCAUGA